GCUGGGAUCAUGCGAAGCCCUACGGCGAUCGAUGGCAGGAGGGAGACGUGAUUUGCUGUCAGGUGAUGAUGCCCUCGGGUACCAUCGCCUUUGGCUUGAAUGGUGACUUCCAGGCUCCGAUGGGCACGGCCUUUGAUCUCCAGCUACCGCCCAACAGUCGACUCUGUUUGGUGGCCUCGGCCGGGGAGAACGGCCGCCUCCGGGUGAACGUGGGUCAAGUGGCCUUCUCCUUCCCUCCACCCACGCAGCUGGAGCCACUGUUGCCAGAGAUUGAGGAUGAUGAGGAUGAGAAAGAACCCAAAGAAGGCCUGUCCACGGGCCCGAAGAGGGAGCGAACGGCGGAGGGAGAGUUGGAUCUCUCCAAGCUGAAGCCCAUCACGGUCUCGGCCUCCAUGGGCUUAGGGGAGCAGAUGAACAUCCGACCCUUGUGGCAGGUGAAGUUGCCGAAAGCGGUCAAGGCUUGGCCGGUGUAUGCCUUGCCCUCUCGAGAUUCCCAGGGACGUCGCGCCAUGAAGGACGGCGAGGUGGUGGAACAGGUGGGCUUGGAGGCCUCUGGCAGUUGGGUCCAACAUCAGGCUGGAUGGAGUCCCUGCCGGAUGGUCGUGGUGGGUCAUGAGUAUGAAGCCUUGAAACCUACUCCCGCAUGGGUGGGCAUCGACAAGAAGCCGAAGGAGAAGGUGCGAAAGGCCAUCAAACGCGUGGUGCACGCGUCCUUUGAUACCGAGCUUUGCUCCCAGCAUUGCUGGAACUUCCGCGGCUCGGAGGAAGCGCAGUGCAGCAACGGGCCCAAUAUGCUCGUGAGCAUGGAGAGUGCUGCCAGCGGCGUCCUUCGAUGGUGUAUCAAGUCCGAGGCAGGCAACAAGGCCAUGGAAGUGGGUGUGGUGCCUGCAGACAAGGCAGAAGAAGGCAACUACCUCUUCGAGCAAUGUGAUUGUGGCGUGAAGUCGACUGGCACGAAGGGUGGAAGCGACAAGAAGGCCUUCGACGUGUAUCUCAAGUACAUCGAGGUCAUUGCAGAUUUGGAUGCAAGGACCAUGAAGGUCAUGGUGGGCGACAAUCGCGACCAGAUGGUCGAGGUGAAGUCCGCUGACAUCCCCUUCGAGGAGGACAUCAAGUUGGCCAUCACAGGCUGGAACAACACCAAGUUGCGCUUGGAGCCGCCGACGCGAGACAAGCUUGGGGACAGUGAUGAAUCUGAAGAGGAGGAGGAGGACGAAGAUGGCCUGGUGGUCACCAGCUGUGGCAACGCGGUGCAGGCGAGCACGUGGCACGUGGCGACGAUGGUGGUGGAUCUGCCAGCCAGCACCUUCCAAGUGUACCUGGACGGCGAAAUGCACUUGAACGUGCGAGAUCCAGGUGGCUUGCUGGCCGACGGCCGCUUCAGUAUCGAUCCGAGAGAAGGAAUGAUGCUCUUCAGCGCGGCCAAGCGUGGGGGCAGCGGCGUGGGCUCGGCGGAUUGGCGCGCAGGUGGGCACUUGCGUUCCAUGCGCUUGGACACCAACGUGCUCAGCCAGUUUGAUGUUUGGGCUCAUCAACUCCCGAAGGGAGUUUGGAUUUGCCGCUGCACUGCGCGAAAUGCCGCCGACGCGCGGGUCUGCUGGCGCUGCCGCAGCACGCGCACGCGCUCCGGAGUGCGACCCCCAGGCGAUGCAGAUCCUCGGGUCGAGGGCCUCACCAUCGUGACGGCCGACUCCUUCCGUGAAUUGGUGCUGGACAGCCAAAAGCAUGUCCUUCUGGUCGCCAGUGCUUCUUGGUGUCCUCCCUGCCAACAGCUGAAGCCCUUGGUCCAUCGCCUGGCGCAGCUCCUGUCCCAUGAGCCGAUGAUUGCCAUUGGCGUCAUCGACACGGACGAGAACGAGUUGCAAAGCCGUUACUUCCCAGAGCCCCACAUCCCCAACGUGAAGUUCUUCCUUCAAGGCAAGAAGCGGCAACCCAUCUCGGUCCAGGGCGCGUCAGGCAUGUCCUUAGAUGAGCUGGCAGGGUUCAUCGAGCAACACACGGGAAUCAGCAUUCAAUCGGCCAUUGAGAAGAGCUUCCCCGCGUAUGCGGAGCGUGUCGGCGUCUAUGAGCUCCUGAAGAAGCUCCGGGCCUGCGCGAUGACCAAACAGGUCCAAAGAAGUCCGGGCCAAGCGCCCUUGAAGUCCCUGGCAUCCUUCUUGUAUAACGAGCUGAUUACCGGAUGCCAGGCUGCCACCAGUGCCCCAAGACGCUUGCCACCACCCGGUCCACCGGCCUUACAGCGAGCGAUCUCUGCCAAGGCGCCCACUGCUGCUGGCGCACCCCCUGCGCUGAUGCGCGCGGUGUCGGGCGGUGGUAGUGGAGCACGGACCCGCGCGCAGAUCGGGUACUCACCCACCUUGGCGAUGGGGGUGAGCGACCCGCGCCUGACGGAGCGUCUGCUGGAUGAGCUGGAGAAGAAGCUCCUGAGCACCGCGCGCGUGGCGCAACCCGAGGACUUCAAAAGCUUCUUGACGAGCUUCUUGCUGCGUGCAUCUUGCCCAAGCUACAACCACGCGAACUUCUACAAUGCCAUGUCCAGGGUCUCGUGGCAAGUGGCGCCCCAGGCUGUCAAGCUGCUGGCGGCCACGCGCAUCUUCCGCUUCGUCCUCCGCUGGGCCCAGCAGCGCCGCCUCCGCGCCGGCGCGCCGCCGCUCGCGGCGCCUUGGGCGCCGCCGCCUCCGGCGGCGGAGAUGAGCGCGGCGGCGCAGCGGCACAGCUGGAGGCGCAUUGAGAUCGCCCUGUCCAACGAGGAGUACCGACACGGACUUGCCGAGUUGGGCCUCUUGUUGGAUCGUGGUCUUCCACCGGAUACCGCUCCCUUCGGGCUCACACCCUUGCUCUUAGCGGCGGCGAUCGGCCACCUCCCAGCGGCUCAGUUCCUCUACGUGCGCGGCGCGUCGCCCCACGUGCCCGGUGGACAGCCGCCCAUCUUGCCGGUGGAGGCGGCCGCUAGGCACAACCACCUGCGCAUCGUGGAGCUUCUGAUCGAGAACGGCUCCUGCAGCAGUCGGGCCCUGCACUUCGCGGCGGCAGGGGGGUCCACGGACGUGGCCAACUACCUGUUAUCCAAGUCGUGCUCGCCGGAUGCCACCGUGCAGGGCUUGUCACCGGUGGCAGUGGCGCUCAUCUCCCGGCAGCACUCAAUGGCCUGCCUGCUGUUGUCACACUGCGACGAGGCGGCCCUGGGAGCACCGCUCUCGGACGAGGGCUGCAGCCAUUGCGGCUUGGCGCCCGGGUCCACCGUGGCGCACCUGGCCGCCGCCGUGGGCGGCCUCUGCGAGGCUUUCUUCCAGGGCUUGCUCAAGACCUUGCCGCCCAGCACGGUGAUGGCACCCAACCACCGCGGUCAGACCGCCUUGGACUUGAUGCCGACCACGCUGCGGAUCGCGAUCAAACCGCAGAUUUACAGCGCGUUGGCGGCCGCGGCCGCGGAGCAGAGCAGUCAUCAUGAGGCGGUUGCCCUGGCCCUCGAACGGAAGGCAGACCCCCUGGUGAGCGAUUCUCGUGGAUUCAGCCUGCUGAAUUUGGCGGCCUAUUCUGGAGAAGAAGCCCUGGUUGAUGUGAUGCUCUCGGCGGAUGCAAAGCAAGUGCAGAUCACAAGCCAUCUUUCAGCACUCAUGUGGGCUCACUGGUGUGGCAAUACCAAUAUCGUUCUGAAGCUCACCUCCAAAGGCGCCUCCUUGAGCAAUGCCGACUUGGAAGGUCUCCAACGCUUGCGUCAGGCAGCCGCCGAGCUGGAGGCCGGAAAGGAGAAAGCAGAGGUGUCCUCGUCGGCAUCCCCUCCGCCAGUAUCGGCAGCGCGUUCCGCGGGAGUGAAGCUCCUGUGGCCGGAGCUGGCGAAGAUUUGGCUUCAUUGCUGGCCGCCGCAGAUCCCCAGCAACCUCUCCCCCUCCACCAACACGUAUCUCUACUCCGCACGACCCUUAAUGGCGCGAAUGACCUGGGGCGCUGGCAUGGAUCAUGGCACAGCCAUGCCGAGCACUGGUCAGGUGGCGGUCGAGGAAGAGGAGAAGAAGCCAGCGGGGAAGCUGGCAGAAGAGUUGCUUCAAGCAAUUCGCCUGGCAGGAGCCAACGAGCACGCUUUGGCCAGCGCCCAGCUGUUAGCACUGCGAUUGACCGCCGAAGGGAAAGCUGGAUUAUCUCCUGGAAACAUUGUAGCGUUGAAUCUGUUCCUCUCCGAUGUCUCCUUCCACAGCGAGUGUAGCACGGCCCUGAGCGCGCAGCUCUCGCAGAGCCCGGCACCGGCCGUGCGCGAGCGGGCAGCGGACCUGAUGAGCGCCCACUCGGAGCUGACCAACGCUCUGCAAGCCCUCCCUGCUCGGAAGGUGGUGUGUUUCCGCGCCUUGCGCCUGACGUUGGCGGGUGGCUUGCGCGACUUCUUGCGCGGCCAUCGCUUGGGCAUGGAUUGUUAUCGACCCGGAAGUAUUGUGAUGUGGAGGCACCCCACCUCGUGCACUCAAGACCCUGCUUUGGCAGAAGAGUUAGCGCUACAUGGGGAGCCUGCUGGUGCUUGUGGCAUCGUCUUCAAAAUCCGCCGGACGGCGUCCGCCCGGCCGGUAGCCGAGUUCUCGACCACGCCGGAACACCAGGAGGUGCUGUUCCCGGCUGGGAGCAUCUUCCGGGUGUUGGGCUUCUAUACCUGCACCUCGCAAUGUUUGAGGAAGGGCACCGGCAGCGCCUCGAACGCCUGGUCCGCGGAGCUGGGCUCCGCCGUCGCCGCGAGCGGCGGGGACGCGCUGACCUGGGAGGAGGUCUGCCGCUCUCGUAGUGCCAUGGUCUUGCUGGAUGAAGAGGACCCCACCGUGGCGGCGCAGCGACCGGAAAUGCUCACCAUCUAA